AUGGGCCUUGUGGAGGGGUGUAAUCCAUCUCCUACAGAUACCAUGGGAGAAGAUGUUCCCGGUGGUGGUGAGGGGAGCUUCAGAGUUAUCCUCUCCUGGAAAAUAAACCUAGUCGAUGUUCCAAAGAUCUUGACUGUGUUUAAGGUUAACAAAACAUUGGAACAAGCGGGGGGGGAACCGAUGUUCUCUACAAGUGGCAGCUUGUCUCAUCCAAACUCUCUGAAAUUCAGUCUUUUCAUCAGAGCAAUGCCUCAGGUCGUAAACAGAACCAUCGCGGUUAUAUUAUAUGCUCAGUUCUUGGGUCGAGCCAAUGAGCUUGUGUCAAUAAUGAACCAAAGCUUAACUGAACUAGAGCUAAAACGUCAAGAUUGUCAGGAAAUGAGCUGGCUUAACACAACAUUGUUUUGGGAAGACCUAUCUGUCGGUACACCGACAAGUAUUCUCUUAGAUAGACCGUCCAGACCGGAAACGUUUUUCAAGACCAAAUCUGAUUAUGUCAAGAAACAAAUCCCUAAAGAAGGAAACAAGAAGCUUUGGAAGUCGAUGUUGGAGUUCAACAAUAAUGUGUAUAUGCAAUGGAACCCUUACGGUGGCGUGAUGGACAAGGUUCCGGUGACCGUCACCCCGUUUCCUCAUCGGAAAGGAAACUUGUUCAAGGUUCAAUAUUAUACGUCAUGGUUGGACGCAAAUGCCACAAUUGGUAGUCCUCUGAAUAUGAUGAAGAAGUACGAGGUUGCGGAACCGUACAUGUCAAGUAACCCGAGAGAGGCGUUUUUGAAUUACAGAGACAUUGAUAUCGGAAGCAAACCGAGUGGUGAAACAAACGUUUAUAUGUAG